AUGGAUAUUAAUUCAUUACUAACUCUUUAUGUUAUAAUAUCCAUCUCAAUUGUUUCACAAACAUUUGUUCAUGGCUCCAUCUCAUUGUGUGAUCAAGCUCCUUACCCUGACCUAUGUCAUGAUCUCAUUCUUCCCAAUACAUCAACAACCCUAACAGCCUCCCUAGACCAAACACAAUUCUCCUUUCGCGACGUCGCCCUCCGUGCAACCCUAGAACGAGCCGAGAACGCCCAUAACCUAGUCUCGUUUAUGAACGUGAGUUCAUUCGACGAACGAGCCAUGUCGGCUUGGUCAGACUGUUUGGAGUUGUAUGAAGACACUGUCGAUCAACUCAAUCGUUGUAUCAACUCGAACACCGACUCGGCUAGCGCUCAGACAUGGCUGAGCGCCGCCAUCGCAAACCAACAAACGUGUGUGAACGGAUUCGACGAUUUCCAACUAUCGUCGCACUUCCAAUCUUUUUUUCCUCCCAUGGUAACCGACGUCUCCAAGUUGCUUAGCAACUCGUUGUUCAUCAAUAAGGCGGUCGCGACUCAAACUGAGUCGGGACCUCUCGAGUCGACUCGGAGUCGACGGUUGUUAUCUAGCCGUGGAUUCCCGGGAUGGGUUUCGACUUACGAUAGGCGGCUACUUCAAUCGUCGACUUCGAGGGCGGAUGUCGUGGUGGCACAAGAUGGGUCCGGCAAUUAUAAGACGAUUACGGAGGCGGUGGCGGCGGCGGCUAAGAGGUCGGGGACUAGUAGGUAUGUGAUUCAUGUGAAAGCGGGAACUUAUAAGGAGAAUAUUGAGAUAAAAAAAUCAAUGAAGAAUUUGAUGUUUAUUGGAGAUGGGAAAGAUGUCACAAUCGUUACCGGUAGUAAAAACGUUCAAGAUGGAUCCACAACUUUCAAAUCCGCUACUUUUGCGGUUUCGGGGCCAGGAUUCAUCGCUCGAGACAUGACAUUUGAGAACACAGCCGGUCCACAAAAACAUCAAGCCGUCGCUCUUCGAAGCGGUUCGGAUUUAUCAAUUUUCUAUAGUUGUAGCUUCAAGGGUUACCAAGACACCUUAUAUGUUUACUCCCAACGUCAAUUCUAUCGUAAUUGUGAUAUUUACGGAACGGUUGACUUCAUAUUUGGCGAUGCCACCGCGGUUAUUCAAAACUCCAAUAUAUACGCGAGAAAGCCCAUGAGUGGACAAAAGAACACAAUUACGGCCCAAGGAAGGUCCGAUCCUAAUGAGAACACGGGGAUUGUGAUCCAUAACUCAAUAAUCGCCGCAGCAGAAAACUUGGGCUCCGUCAAGACCUACUUGGGCCGUCCGUGGAAACAAUAUUCACGGACGGUUGUUAUGAAGUCGACACUUGGCGGGCUUAUUGAUCCUGCGGGUUGGCUUGAGUGGAGUGGAAAUUUUGCGCUUAACACUUUGUAUUAUGGAGAGUAUUUGAAUAGUGGAACCGGGGCUAGUACGAGUGGUAGGGUUAAAUGGGGUGGUUAUCAUGUUAUCACGAGUAGUGCGGAGGCGGGAAAGUUUACGGUUGGGAAUUUCUUGGCCGGUGGUUCGUGGAUUUCGUCGACCGGAGUUCCCUUUAGUUCGGGUUUGUGAAAAGUAACAAAAAUAUUAUUACUAUUUUUUAUAUUGUGAAGGUUAUAUAAUAAUGAUAGUGCAUGGAAGAAAAUGUGAUUGAAUUAUAGGUUAUAUUUUAAUUUAUUGAUUAUCCUUUAUGUACAUGUUUAUAAGGCUUGUGGUAGAACACAGAUUAAUGUGUGUAGUUUGAAAUGGUUGAAUAAAUAUAUUGUUUAUGUA